AUGGUUUUCUCCGCAGCUGGGGUCUAUACAGGUAGGAACAAUUCGUUGAACAAAGCAUAUGCGAUAUUGCAGGUGAGUGCGACCAAUCAGAAGGCCGAGUUGGAGGCAGCAAUUCUCGGAGUACAAACUGCCAUGAGCAUCAAAGCAAACACAGAAGCAGGCUACACGAUUAGCAGGUUUGUCAUCAGGACAGACUCAAGAUAUGUGUUUGACUGCACCACGAAACAUAUUCGACGAUGGAAGAUUAUGGGAUGGAUGACUGCCGGCAACACGCCCGUUGCGAAUCAAGAAUUAUGGAAGAAGCUCGAGUCGGCGAUUGAGGAAGUAGAAAGUAGAAAGAAAGCUAAUGUGUUGUUCUGGUGGUUUCCGAGAACGUACAACAAAGAGGCCGAUUUUCAGGCGAACGAGGGCUUCAACGCGAUGAAGCGGUACAAUUAG